CUUGAAGGCACAGUCGUUGCCAGUAAGGUGGACGGGCCUUGCGUGUCUGGCCCAAGCCCCCGCAGCCUGGCAGAGUCUGAACGCCAAUACGCGCUGCGGUCUCCCUGUCCGUUUCCUUCCUCUCUCCACCCCGCUUUCCCCUAGUAUCUAUCCACCCUCCUUCCUCUCUCCACCCCGCUUUCCCCUAGUAUCUAUCCACCCUCCUUUGAGGCCGUCUGCCCGCCUCCUGUUUUUUUCGCCUUUUCGUUAUCGUUGACCAGGGUACGCAAUGACCAACACGCUGGACACCUGCGGUCAAGUGAUCCUCAACCUUCUUGGAUCCAGGGCUUUUUGAUAGUUUCGGCACUGGGAAGGAAGCUUCUUAAAGGCCAAGCUGUGAGCCGGUUCCCGCGGGAGUCGUUUCAAAUACGGAUAGGCUAAACAAGCGGUGUGAGACCGAGAGUUCGCGCUUUUCUUCAGGCAUGAGUCAUGAGGCGGUGAAAAACGUACAGGAGGUGGAUCAGCAGUUGGCUAAUUUAAACCUGAAUUCUGAUAAUAAUCAGAGUGGAGGAGGAAGUACAGCUAGCAAAGGGCGCUAUAUACCUCCUCACUUAAGGAAUAGGGAAGCAUCUAAGGGAUUUUAUGGUAAAGACGUUUCAGGGUGGAGUUGUAGUAAAGAAAAGGAUGCCUACAGCAGUUUUGGAUCUCGAGAUUCAAGAGGAAGACCCAGUUACUUCAGUGAUCGAGGAAGUGGAUCAAGGGGAAGGUUUGAUGAUCGUGGGCGGAAUGACUGUGAAGGUAUUGGCAGUCGUGGUGACAGAACUGGCUUUGGCAGAUUUGAGCGUAGUGGACACAGUCGGUGGUGUGAUAAGUCGGAUGAUGAUGAUUGGUCAAAACCACUUCCACCAAGUGAACGCUUGGAGCAGGAGCUCUUUUCUGGAGGAAACACUGGGAUUAACUUUGAGAAGUACGACGAUAUACCAGUAGAGGUAACUGGCAAUAACUGUCCUCCACACAUUGAAAGUUUCAGCGAUAUUGCAAUGGGAGAAAUUAUUAUGGGAAACAUUGAGCUUACUCAUUAUACACGUCCUACUCCAGUGCAAAAACAUGCCAUUCCCAUUAUUAAAGAAAAAAGAGACCUGAUGGCUUGUGCCCAAACAGGGUCUGGGAAAACUGCAGCAUUUCUUUUGCCCAUCUUAAGUCAGAUUUAUACAGAUGGUCCAGGCGAGGCUUUGAAAGCUGUGAAGGAAAAUGGAAGGUAUGGACGCCGUAAGCAGUAUCCAAUCUCCUUGGUUUUAGCCCCAACAAGAGAGUUGGCUGUACAGAUCUAUGAGGAAGCCAGGAAAUUUUCAUACCGAUCUCGACUUCGUCCUUGUGUGGUAUAUGGUGGUGCUGAUAUUGGUCAACAGAUUCGAGACUUAGAACGUGGAUGUCACUUGUUAGUUGCCACUCCAGGACGUCUGGUAGAUAUGAUGGAAAGAGGAAAGGUUGGGUUAGAUUUCUGCAAAUACUUGGUGUUGGAUGAAGCUGAUAGGAUGCUGGAUAUGGGAUUUGAACCUCAGAUACGUCGUAUAGUUGAACAAGACACUAUGCCACCAAAGGGUGUUCGCCAUACCAUGAUGUUUAGUGCUACUUUUCCUAAGGAAAUUCAGAUGCUUGCUCGUGAUUUCUUGGAUGAAUAUAUCUUUCUGGCCGUAGGUAGAGUUGGCUCUACCUCUGAGAACAUCACACAAAAAGUAGUUUGGGUGGAAGAGGCAGACAAACGGUCAUUUCUACUUGAUCUCUUAAAUGCAGCAGGGAAGGAUUCGCUGACUUUAGUUUUUGUUGAGACCAAAAAGGGGGCUGAUUCUUUGGAGGAUUUCUUAUACCAUGAAGGAUAUGCUUGUACAAGUAUCCACGGAGACCGCUCACAGAGAGAUAGAGAGGAAGCUCUUCAUCAGUUCCGCUCAGGAAAAUGCCCAAUUCUAGUGGCUACUGCUGUGGCAGCAAGAGGACUAGACAUAUCAAAUGUGAAACAUGUCAUCAAUUUUGAUUUGCCAAGUGAUAUUGAAGAAUAUGUACAUCGGAUUGGCCGUACAGGACGUGUAGGAAACCUUGGUCUUGCCACCUCAUUUUUGAAUGAAAGAAAUGUAAAUAUUACAAAAGAUUUGUUGGAUCUUCUUGUUGAAGCCAAACAAGAAGUGCCAUCCUGGUUAGAAAAUAUGGCUUAUGAACACUAUUACAAGAGUGGCAGUCGUGGCCGUUCUAAGAGAUUCAGUGGAGGAUUUGGUGCCCGUGAUUAUCGACAAAGUAGCAGUUCUGGCAGUUCUAGCUAUAGUAGUGGUCGUGCAAGCAGCAGCCACAGUAGUGGAGGUGGUCAUGGCAGCAGCAGAGGAUUUGGUGGAGGUGGCUAUGGAGGCUUCUACAGUAGUGAAGGAUAUGGAGGAAAUUACAGCUCUCAGGGGGUUGACUGGUGGGGCAACUGAAUCUGCUUUGUAACCAAGUCACUUAAAAAAAACUACAAUGGAAACCACAUGUAACUUUGCCAGAUUGUUUUGUGUAGAAAGGAGAUCUUGUAGUGCGUUACCCACAGUGAUUCCUCUGAAAAUUCAAGGAAGCUUAAAGCCAAAAGAAGGAAAAAGAACAAUCAACAACUCCAUUGGUUUGAAAACUUAAUUGCUAUGGUUUGGAUUAACUUCCCUUCUGCUUGUUUCCACCCCAAACUGCAUUUAUAAUUCUGUGAUUGAGGAUCAUUUGUUUGUUAAUGUACUAUGACUUUUAAGUUUAUAGACAGCUUAUUAUUUUGAUGUCCUGUUGGCUCAGUAAUGGUCUCGUUUUCAUGUAUUCAUGGAAUAAAUUCACUAAAUUUGGGCUAAGAUCACACCUUGGCACACAGGUGUGAUACAGCUUACUUAACAGGAAUUGUUAAUUCACAUCUAUUACAAAGUAAGAAAACUUGAGCAGUAACUUGCAUUAGGACUUAAUAUUUGGAGAUUGGGGAGAAAAAUAUCUUACAGCAGAAUUACCUUCUGAUGUGGCAAACUGUACUUAUUUAAAUUUGUACUUGCUCAUUCUAUCCUGGAUAGGCAUUUAUAAAUUAUAAAUAAGCCAUUCCAGUCAUGAUAAGGUUGCAUGUAUGAAUGCAUCCAUACAUUUUUCAAAGCAUUCUUGAAGUUAAUGGAAGUAAAUAUAACAGUCCCUCUUAAUUCUAAGAUAGGCAAGUCGGGUAUAUGUUACCACAGGAGAAGUUUGAAAAUUUGAUUAUAAAAAAGUAUUUAGUGAAAAUUUCAUCUAAUUAGAUUUUUUUCCUGCCUGCCCUGAGUAAAAUUGAAAUGGUAGUAUGGUUGACCAUGCCAGUGACCAGUCCUUUUAUGGAUCAGCUUGGGUUUUGGUCUUAAAUGCAUGCUAGUGUUGAUGUUUUUUGGUCAGAAGGAUAUGAGCAGGAGGGAUCAUGCAGCAGGCUUUACUUUAUUGCAGAUUUUCUUUACUCUCUUUACACUGCGUUGAAAUGUUUAAAUGGCUUACAUUUGUGGACUUUGUCAGUCAGCAUAACAACACACAAAUCCUUGAGAUUACACGGGUUAGAAAUAUGUACUAAGCUGCUCAAGUUGUUUUUUCUGUAUAGUAUAAUUAUAUUUUAGUUGCAUAGGUUUCCGUUGUAUUUUACAGUUGUUUUCUGCUAAAUUUGGCUAAAGAUGAUUAUUCACCAACUAAAAUUGUCUCCGUCACUUGGAAUUGGUACUUUUCUCUGGUUGGAUAAUAAUCCAACAUAAUUAAUAAUCUUAACAAUGGCAUAAGAAGGCAAAAAUUUCUUACAAGUGCAAUAAUAGAUUUUCAGGUGUAUUGUGCCUUGUUCUAAAACUAUUAGAUAGGUGCACUUGACAGUAUUGAGGUCAUUUGUUACGGUGCUAUUUCAAUUAGUGUAGGUUUAGACUCUUGUACAUUUGACUCAUAAAUUUUUUACAAAGUACUUAUUUUAUUGCACAUUAAGAGAAUUUUUAAUAUAUAUAUAUAUAUAUGUCUUUUGUGCAUGUUCUUAAACUUCCAAUCUUACUUUGUCUCUUGGAGAUUGUUGAACACAUCUUUUUAGAACUAGAUUCUAAAAUUUUAUUUGGGACCAUUGAAUGAUGAUUGGGAAGAAAACUCUUUGCACAUGACAGAUUUUAGAUACUUUUUUGCUGCUAGUGCUAGUCUGUGUAGUAUUUAUUGAAACAUUUUGACCAGUAUUUAUUUUUGUAAACCUUAAAGUUAUUCUUUGAAAGUUUAAAGAAACUUGACCAAAAGACAGUACAAAAACACUGGCACUUGAAUGUUGAAUGUCACCGUAUGUUACAUAAUAAAUUUCAGGUUAGUGUGAGCUUUAAUGUUAGGUCUUACUACACUUUUAGUCAAACUAAGCAGACCCAGCAUUGACUUUGUAGAUAGCUUUAACUUUCUAACAAAAUGUAAAAGAAACUUCGCAACUUGAAGCUAUAACAUGCCAAGGUUUUGAUAUGAUGUUAUCUUAAAACACUUCUAAACACUUAUGAAGUGUCCACAUUUUCAGAAAUUCUAUAGAGUUCUAUUUAGUUCCAUAUGUUUGUUUUUCAGUGUCUGGCCUUUUUCUCAACCAUGUGGUUAUCUUUGUGUAUUGCCAUAUCAGUGACUUACAUUUAAGUUUUGUCAGCCAGCAAUAUUUUCAGUAAAUAAGAAUGGAUUUUAAUUUGCCAAAUGUAGACAUUGAACCUCAAGUCACUGUAAGUUUAGUAAUUGCUUAAUGUAUUAGUUUUCGAUCCUUUCACUGCAUGUGCUGUGUUUACUCUGACUUUACUAAAAUAAAGAAUACAAUCUUUGCUGUCA